AUGGGAUUGUCAGAUGACCCACAGGUUCAGGUGGUGAUUUUUGUCUUCCUCUUCAUCACCUACAUGCUCAGCAUCACUGGGAACCUGACCAUCAUCACCCUUACCCUGCUGGACUCCCACCUCCAGACUCUCAUGUAUUUCUUCCUCAGGGAUUUCUCCUUUUUAGAAGUUUCCUUCACAACUGUCAGUAUAACAAAGUUCCUGAGUACCAUUAUUUCAGGAGAUAAAACUAUAUCCUUCAAUGAUUGCAUAGCUCAGUUAUUUUUCCUCAUUUUUGGGGGAGUCACAGAAUUUAACCUCCUGGCUGCCAUGUCCUAUGACCGUUAUGUUGCCAUCUGCAAACCUCUGCAAUACAUGACCAUCAUGAAUCCUAGAGUCUGCAUAUUGCUUGUCUUUGCUUCUUGGCUGGUUUCAUUCUUAAUCAUAUUCCUUACGCAAUUCAUACAGCUUGAUUAUUGUAAGACCAAUGUUAUAGACCACUUUACCUGUGACUAUUUUCCCUUAUUAUACCUUUCUUGCUCAGAUACAAAAUUCCUAGAGAUAGUAGGGUUUUCCUGUGCUGCACUUUCUCUACUGCUCACUUUGGCUUUGAUAUUGUUGUCCUACACAUACAUCAUCAGAACCAUUUUGAGGAUUCCUUCUAGCACUCAGAGGACAAAGGCCUUUUCUACAUGUUCUUCUCACAUGAUUGUCAUCUCCAUCUCUUAUGGCAGCUGCAUUUUCAUGUAUAUGAAUCCAUCAGCCAAAGACAUAGUGUCUUUGAGCAAGGGGGUUGCUGUGCUAAACACCUCAGUAGGCCCCAUGCUCAACCUCUUUACAUACAGUCUAAGGAAUUAG